GCGCAGAAGCCUCUGGAUCUGGAGACCAGCCGCCAGGAGGAGGACGAGGACGACGCCCGCCAGCAGGCAGGCGGAGGAGGCGACGACUACCCGACGGCGCUCCAGAGCUUGCAGAGGCGGAUCUUGAAGACAGCCCAGGAAAUGCGCGAAGUCGUGCACGCCACCGCGGGCUUCUGGCUCACCCCAGCGAUCGCGCACGCGUUCCUAGCGGUACGAGGGGCAGGCAAAUGCUACGGGCAGAAAGUGCGCAGCGCAGAAAAGGGACACAAGCGCGGGCCCCCGCGCGCACGCAGAGCGACGCCAUGGAUCGAGAGCACCUUCAACGAGCUGACGGAGACCAUGGCGCAGGAAGGGCCAAAGCAGAACAUCAUGUGGGCGCUGGACAUCAUCGGGGACGACGCAGCCAACGCGCAGGGGAAAGGCAAUCUCACGCUGGCCUUCAAUCACUCGCACCAGUUUCGCCUGUUGCUGGAGGACAAACAGGUCGACGAGACGGAGCUCGACAAUAUGGGCAAGUUCAACCCGCAGCACUUCAGGCAGGCGGCGGGCUUCUGCCUCGCCAGGCUCAGAGGAGCGUGGGCAACGUGCUACAGCUCGAAGGCGGAGCUCGAGCGCGCGGUGGAGAGGCAGCUGCAGCGCACGAAGAAGACGUAA